GUGGGAGGGGGCGGGGGGUGCUGAACGACGGAGGGAUGAAGCAGCUGACUCCAUCACAUUGACACUGACCCUCACACAGUGUGUUGGUCCUUCACUCCAGGCAAAGACUCAGUUGAUGCUGACACAUCCAGGAGUGGAGUCAGAAAAUGAUUACGUGAUGUUUCCAUCUUGGACCUCUACGUGAUGCUUCACUGAUGUCUCAUUACAAUCAGAUACAGAACGCCAUGUUUAAAAACAGAUUUUGGAUUUUCUAUCUUUACUAGAUUGCGUUUCAUAUAAACUAUAAGAUUCUUUUACAUUUUAAACACUUUUAUGGACUUUAAAGGGGUAUAUGCACUGAUAGAAUGAUGGAAAAGCCCAUAUUGACCUCAAUCAGUAAGAAAGACCUUGACCCAACUGAGAAGCCUGUAAGCAGAACCUCCCUUGGACUAGGUGACGUCAUUUAUGAGAAUGCCACAGAAGAAGAAGAGAAGCAGCUCGCAUCGUCCAAGCAGCAUGCCUUAGAAAGGGGGCCUGAAGAACCUUCAUCCACUGAUGCCCCACUACCGCCGAUCCUGCCCAGACAAAAGAAAGUACAGAAUGGCCUCUAUCCCAAAAUCCCAAGCGAGGCAGAGGAGUCUUCCACCAGGGUUGGAACGUACGCAACCUACGCCACGGCGCCCAGGAAAACAAAGCACGAGACGGGGGUAAAAAAGAAGACCAACAAGAAGAGAUCCGCCUCUGUCUCCAGUGACAACAGCACCACUGAGCUGACGGACGAGCAGCCUCCACCCCUUCCAGAUAGAUCGCAGUCCUCUUCUAGAAGGGACAGCAUCUUCUCCUUGCUGACCGACCCUUCGGAGACGGCUGUCGUGUAUGACACGCUGCCCAGUCUAACUUCAAGGGGUCAAAGCUCAUCCAGAAACUCUAAAACAGGAAGUACUUCUAAAACUGUGAGAAGAAAGGCACUUCUGAGUCCAGAGGAAGCAUGGCUGACUACCGUGGAGACCAGGCUAGCGGCUAAAGCUGCAGGGACAGAGACUUUAACUUUGGCACAGUUUCAAGAAGCUAUGCAAGUCAAAGAGUCUUUCUUCGUGGAUCGAUGUUUUCAACUAUUCGAUGUAGAUCACGAUGGGGAGGUCAACCUGCAAUAUGUGAUCACUCAGUUACGGUCCUUGGUGUUUGGAAAUCAAACGGAAAAGAUUCGUUUUUUGUUUACUAUUUACAAUAUACGAGGCACAGGUAAAAUAGGUAAAAGUGAGAUCAAUCAGGUGUUGAAGUCUUGCGUCAUAGAAAGUAAAUUACAGAUGAGCGAGGACAACAUACAGGCUUUAACGGAUGCACUGAUCUCAGCAGCCGAUAAAGACAAAGACGGGAAAAUCUCAUUUGAAGAGCUGAAAAGUUUAGUAGAAGCUCACCCAACGAUCGCGAACAAUCUGGCAGUAAGUACCCUGAUGUCGAAUACUACAGCUGGAAUCGAAUACGACUUUACUGAGUACUCUGGGGAGACGCCUCUGAAAAAACACAGGUGCUGCCGCCACUUCACCACCACCUACAUCCAGAACAACCUCCAGAAGAUCCUGUUUCUUGUGUUUUACCUGCUGGUCAACGCUGGACUGACGGCCAUCAACGUCUGGCGAUACUGGCACUACAACACCUGGUUGACGGUCGCACGUGGCUUCGGCAUUUGCCUCGAUUUCAACUGCACGUUCAUCGUCGUCCUGAUGCUGCGCCGCGUGAUCACUUCCCUGAGAGCCACGCCCCUGGUCAAGGUUCUACCCUUCGAUCAGCACAUCAUGUUCCACAAGAUCUGUGGCUACCUGAUAGCAAUACAGAGCAUAGGCCACACUGUCGCACACGUUGGAAACGCCCUUAUUGUCGCCGAGGACAAACACUUAACACUGAUAGAAGUGGUAUUCACAACAAAGGCCAACAUUGGAUGGAUUGCUGGACUCGCCCCACUCACUGGUGUUGUGUUGUGCGUUGUGCUGCUGGUGAUGGUGCUACUAUCCCUCCCUGUGGUCAGAAGAAGUGGCUACUUUGAGGUCUUCUACUGGAGUCAUAAGCUGUACAUUAUCUUCUGGGCCUUGACCAUUAUCCACUGUGAGAACUUCUGGAAGUGGUUCGCCGUACCUGGGCUGGUCUUUUUCCUGGAAGCCUUCUCUAGAAUAUCCUGGAUCAGGACGGCCACUAUGGGGAAGACGUACAUCCAGAGUGUCUGCCUCCUACCCUCGGAAGUCACUCAUCUGGUCAUUUCUAGACCAACUGGCUUCACCUUCAAAGCGGGUGACUACGUGUUUGUCAAGAUUCCCGCCAUAGCCCGCUACGAAUGGCACCCGUUUACCAUCAGCUCCGCCCCUGAACAGACGGAUAGCAUCGGAAUCCACAUCCGGUCAGCGGGCUACUGGACCAAGUCUCUUCAUGACUACUUUGUCAACUACGUGUGUGAGGAUCUGGAGGCUGAAUUAUGUCAAAAUCCUUUGAAUCUUUUAAGCUGGCAUAAUUUUUCUACUAUAACUUUGAAAUUGUCCAAAGAAAAUGGCGAUGACCAGGUCAGGAAGUCCAACUUAAUCCGCAGAGCCUCGUCCAUCGCCUGGCAGAAGAAAAAGCCUCUCAAAGCUCGCAUGAUAGACGCCAAUAUCAGAAGAAGGGUGGUGACCAAGUGUGCUCGUGUACAGUGUCACCUUGACGGCCCCUACGGUACUCCAAGUCGGCACAUAUUUGAAGCGGAGCACGCAGUCCUGAUAGGCUCGGGGAUCGGGAUCACACCUUUCGCUUCCAUCUUGCAGUCCAUUGUGUCAGAGCUGAAGGCCAGCUGCGUUCAGUGUCCGAAAUGUGAAUACACAUGGUGCCACAAACUGCCCGCUUCUGUCAUGAACUUGAAAAAAGUCGAUUUUAUUUGGAUCAAUCGAGACCAGCGCCAUUUUGAAUGGUUUGUGAAUCUCUUGUCGAGGCUGGAGAGAGAGCAGGAAAUAGAAGGAGGGCUGGGUCACAUCCUUGACAUGCACAUGUACAUGACCUCUGCGCCCCCUAAGACAGACAUGAAGGGCCUGGGUCUACAGUUGGCCCUUGACCUAGUUCAUGAGCAUGAGAGGACUGAUUUGAUUACAGGACUCCAGACAAGGACCCAGGCUGGACGUCCAGACUUUGAUCUCCUGUUCCGGAAAAUCAAGAACAACGCCAAAGGAAGAGUGACAGUCUUCUUCUGUGGUUCACCUCUACUGGGCAAGACUCUGAAGCAAUGCAGCCACAAGUAUGGCUUUGCCUUCCGUCACGAGUACUUCUAAAAGGAAAACUGAGUUUCUGUGCCUUUGUUUCUGCUUUGAUCUGCGCCAACAAUCUUCAACAUAUCUUAAGGCAUUUUUUCUUUACAAAGCUUAUAUCAACUCACUUUGUCUGUCUGUUUGGUAAAAAGUUUGUACACAUGAUUUCUCCGACACCCAAUCAUGUAACAUGACGCCUCUGUGAGAGAACAUUCAUUUUUACAGUUUUUAAACUUUUCUGUUAAAUGCUAAUGUAAAGGAGAACGGGAAAACACAAUAUUUUUAUUUUUAAUAUGCCUCUAUCCAUGUCGGAAAGUCGUGGAACCUAAAACCUUAAACCUGCAAAGACGCUGAUGUCAAAAACCGCUCCAACGAUUUUCCUAGUAAUUUAGCAGUUGAUGUAUAUCGCUGAGACAAGAAUCACUAGCCGGUUGGCCACACAGGGAAACACUCUAAUUUGACUGUGAUAAUUUUUCAAAGCAUAAAAAGAAAUAAAUUUAACUUUGGCUAGAAAACCAGAAAAUAUUUCUCUUGAACGGAUUAGAUGUCUUCGGGUAUUUCCGAAUGAAACAGGGCGGGGCUAAAAUGAAUCCAUUUUUGAAAUUCUAACGUUCAUUUAUUAUGAAUAGAAAAUAAUCGCGCUAUAAGCUCUGUAUAGGACAUGCUGUCUUUUUCAAAAAAAUAAGUUGUUUUUUGUUGUUGUUUUUUCUUACUCUGUCAUAGUUUAAAACUAACUUUUUUAUUUCAAGGUUAUUAUUGGGAUUCCCGUAGCUCUGAUAAUAUUUUAACCAUAGGCAUAUGUCUAUGAUUUUAACUUUUUAAAUUUUUUUAUGUGUUCAUUCUGUGUUUAUGUAUUUUAUUAAAUUGUUGAUACUUCCGUCAAGAUUACUGGUGAGGAUAUUGUUUCUUGUUUGAUUCUCAUGGAGGAGUAGUCUGCUCUUUGUUUACUUUUUGAAUCUUAAGAUCCAGUUUAUGUUCUUUGACUGAUAAAUUUCAGUCAUUAAAAAAAGCAAUUCAGAGAAAUGUGAGGGAAUGAAAACUGAAGAACAUUUUUCAAAAUUAGGAUUUAGGAAGAUUUUGAAAUAGACAAAAUGAACAAGAUCACGGGCGCUAAAUUGAAAGAGCUCUCUUGCCAAAAAUAUAAUUAAUUUGCAAUAUAAAUUACAUUAUAAAUUAUAUUAUAAAUUGCACAGUACAACAAAAGUAAAAGUGUAGAAAUUUGAUUCCGAGGUAAGAAAAAUAAAGUAAAAAAAAAAUUUUGCGGUUUUUGUAUUCAGGGUUUAUCAACACCUCCGUCUCUCUGUACACUGAUUACAUUGAAAACUGUAUUUAUAAAAUCCCCCACAUAUUAUUAAUCACUCCGUAUGACUGGGUGCCCUGCUUAGGUGAGAUUGGAUUAUCGAAACUCCUGAAAUAAUUGUAUACAAGUAGCUCUGGUCUAUGGAGCAUCGCCAGUGAAAUAUAAUUGUCAAGUCCACUGCUUAAUUUCAACGUAAGGGCUUGAUCAACAUUUUUGUUACUAUAAAUAUUAUACUAGGAUGCGUUACUUGAGGACUUGAGGUGUUAGCCGUGGGGGCAUAGACAUUUGUACGUUUGAUCCUAGUUGUGAUAAAGAUUAGUUUAAAGUUUAAAGCAUUCCGCUGUCUGCUGAUAACGUCAGAGAAUUUUUUGUUUCUGCUGUUGCCUCCCUUAUUUCUAAAUGCAUCCAAUGUCUCCAUGUCGUUGUGUGAAGGAAGUGUUGUAUUGCUGUAAGAUUGUAUUUAAAUGUUAGAAAGUCACGUGAUACUUGCGCCAUGUUCGUGUUGUUUUUUUUAUUCUUUGUUUUAAAAAUGUCAAUUUUUUUUUCUGAAUCCGCAUUUAGUGAAGUAGGUCAGAACUUAAGCGACAGAGAAAAAAGGGAAAUGACCAAAUAGUUUGAAGUAAACGAAAAAUUGUUCUGAAAAACAAAAUUUCACUUCUGCUAUGACGCGUGAUACAGUUGCCUCCCUUCCUAUUGUAUGCAUGCCACAGACCUAUAUAUAUACCUAGACUGGACUAGAUCUCUAACACUACAUAAAAAUGUGAAAAAAAAAAAAAAAAAAGUUGAAACAAAGCGUCGUUUUGUAAAGUAGUUACAAGAAGUAAAGUGUUGUUUUUUCAACCCUAACCUACGUGACAAGACAUCGACAAUAAGAGUAUUCUGAUCUCAUGGUUAAUAUUUUGCCAUUUUUAGAUACAUAAUCUAGAUCUAGAAAGAUCUAGGUAAUCAAUCUAUUUAAAUUUACCAUCUAAAAUCAUAAGAUUAUUAAAAUCAACGGACUUAAAAUCAACGGGCCUACAUUAUUUUCGAUCUAGGAUUUUCGAUACAUUAUCUCAAUGGAAACUAACAGGAAAUGACUUUACAUUAAUUUGCGUAAAUAUAUAAUUCUGUUAUUAAUAUUAAUAAUAGCAUAUUCUAUUUGAAAUCCGCGAAAUGGUAUUGCAUUUUUUCUAAACUUUGAAAACCAAAGAUCAUUACUUUUCUAAGACAGAAAAGAUCGAUUUUCCUAGAUUCGGGGCGACUUCCCUUACAGCUUAAAAAAGAGUUAUAUACAUAACAAUCUACAUAUAUAGGUCUGUGAUGUGAUCAUUAAUGGAUAAGAAUUUGUUUCCGUUUUCCAGUUUCAGUGUUAUAUAUAUAGGUCUGUGAUGAAUACAUUUAUUGUUGUCUUUUUGUUUAAUAUAGUGUGCUGAUUAAUGAAUUCACAGUCCUAUAGUGAAAAGCUGUAAAUAUUAAAUGUUAAUGUCAAGUUUGCUAUUUAAAAUGAUGGCUUUUAUAUAGCGCUACUUUAAUGCUUAUAGAAUGCUCAGAGCGCUAUGGUCCAAUCUCAUUUGUGGACCAGUGGGUGGAGGGGGUAUCUGGGAGAAGGUUUUCCGUGCUGCCUUUUAGGCGCUCAGUAAACACAACUCUGCUCGAGUCGGUGUCGAACCUCGAGCCCCCAUCAUAGGUAGACAAGCCAAGGUCAAGCGUAGGACUUCUUGGCCAAUAGAAGACCAUCUAGUUAAUGGGUUACGGUUAUGGUGGGGAAAGGGGGGUGAUAUUUCUGAUACUAUCUAAAGUAAAGAAAAAAAUAAUUUCUAAAAUAAGCUGAUAAGCACAAAAUACAAUAAGUAAAUAUUUUUUUUAUUUUAUAUGCUCAAAAUCAGUGGUGUAGCUAGGGAUUUGUGGGCCCGGUGGAGGGUCUUAACCUCUGUAGGGGCCCCUGCAUUUUGACAUUCGACAUCAUGAAAUGAGAUAAUGGCAAUAAUAUUCAAUGAAAAAAAAAUCCCCUCAAAUGGGGUGCCCGGGGGGGGGGAUUUUCACAUUUGGAUCCCUCACUCUAGCUACGCCACUGCUCAAAAUUCUUGUUUAAUUUUUUAUCCGUUAGAUCAAACGCAAUUUAUUAAUUGUGUUUUUAUUUCUUUGAUUAUUUACAUUCAAAUAACAUAAUCAAAUGUUUAAACAUGUUAGUAGCGAAUAUAUAGAUAGACUGGACACUUUAUAGUUGUAGACUAUAUACUUUCUGCCACUCAGAACGAGUAAGUUUUAAAUGUUUUUUUUUUUCUUGUUUGUUUUUCAUAAUAUAAAAAAAAAUUUUACUAGAUAUAGUUAUUGACUCUAUAGGCGUUUACUCUUGUUAAGAAGGACUAACCUUAAAAAAAUAUAUUUAUCCCAUUAUAUUUGUAGUGUUUUUAAAUCUAGAAAUAACACACAAAAACAAAUAUGUUGAAGCGAUGCUAGGAAGUCUGUCGUUUUAUUUCAACAAUUCCACGGAGUUCAUUUACAAAAAUGUUUGCAAUCAAUGUAUAGGUUUUUCUUUUAUUGGAGAUUUUCCCGAUUCACUCACCAAUGUCAAGGACGCUAUCUUGAACGUCGCUGCUGCCAACUAAAUAGAAAAGAAUGAAGCUCGAAUUGUAACACUAUCCUAAUGUGUGGCACUUGAUCUUCGUAUCGAAUCGCCUUUAGUUGCCCAUUUUUUUUUUAAAUUAAGUUGUAAUUCACAAAUUGACUUAAAACAUUGUUGUUGUUUUUUUACUAAAAACGGAACACCUUAGAAAAUGUGAAUUUCCAUUUGAUUGGAUCAAUAAAAAGUAUCUUAUCUAUCUUAUCUUAUCUUAAAAAACGUAACACCUUAGAAAAUUUGAUUCUGCAGUUCUAAAAUGUGACCAAAAAGUAUCCAAUACAGAGAACACAGAGAAUCAACACCUUGAUAGUGUAUUUUGUACACCGGAGACACCAAUGUGGAUACGAAAUGUCGGAAAUAGGACUAUCGUGCUGUAAUUAGAUUCGUAUAACUGAAUAAGAAAAGUUUUUUGUUUUCUGUGGGUGAAUAAACAAAUUGUUGAUUUUAUUAUAAAUAGUGGUGGAGGCUGAGUGGUAAAGCGGUUGGCUGUCGAACCGGGGCAAGGAGGGUCUGGGCCACGGGUUCGAAUCGUGAUAAAGACUGUGAUUUUUAAUUUCGGGAUUUUAAGUCCACCCAGUUCUAAUGGGAACCCAGCAUUAUUUGGGGAAAAGCAAAGGCGGUUUGUCGUUUUGUUGGUCACAUGACACCUUCGUUAACCGUGGGCCACAGAAACAGAUGACCUUGACAUCAUCUGCCCUAGGAACUGAACGGGGGAAAUUUACACUUUUUUUUUUCAUUGUAUAGGUCUGAUAAUAAAAUCACUAAAUUAACAUUAUCUCGAUUACCAGUCUAUAUAUUUCCAUGUCUAUAUAUAUUUCUGUGCCUAUGGUGUAACAUUAAUCUUGGCAUUAUUCUAUUGUAACGUAACUUUGUUCGUUUUGUUAACAACGUAACGAAACGUUCCGGAAAACUCGGAACACGUUACGUGACUCUCAAGUCUGCUAAUGAGAAUCAGACGAAAAUCAUGUAUUGUGUUCACAUUGCAAUGAAUUCUAUUAAUUAUAAUUUUGACAUAGAAUCCUUCGUAUUUCGAUUUAAACCUUUUCUUGCUGUUGUUGUUUUUUUGUGUUUUUUAUCAUCUUAUUUAUCAUCGUAUGUACGGAGGGGAGUAUUCAUUGUAAAAUAAAAUAAUAAUAAAAUAGCGAUGAAUACUGAAUAAAA